CACAGGGGAGGCUGCGGAAGGUACAGGCGGGAGGCGGCGGUCUGUCCGAGAGGCCGGCCGCGGAUAAAAGGCGGGACCCGCCAGCGGCCGCCACUGCAGCGGCUGGCGCGGCGCGGGACUGGGUGGCCGUGGCUGGUUGUUCUGCAGGGUACUAAUUUUUUGAUGGUAUUACGAGGAAGAAGUUGUUCACCUGGCCUGAUAACUUUUUCCUGGCAUUAUGUGCGGCAGAAGCGUUUGGUGGUUCAUCUGCCUUUUCGUGGCGAUAGUCACAGAUACCAGCCACAGUAACCCGGCCUCCAAUACAGUGGAACCAAUUCAGAGGGUUAAGGAGACCGCAGCUGUGGAUCUGGCCGCCCUUCUGGACGCUGGGGACAGCGCAGUGGUAACGCUGGUGGCAGGCGACACACGUCUGGUGGCGCACAGGGCCGUCCUGAGUGCCAGGAGCACCGUGUUCGCCGCCAUGUUGCGCAACAACACGCUAGAGGCCAGCAGCGACCACGUUGCCAUCUCAGACGUGGAGGGUCCAGUGCUGCGCCACCUGCUGGCCUACAUGUAUACACUCCAGGCCCCCCAGCUGCACAGCAUGGCCCCACAGCUGCUGGUCGCUGCUGAAAGGUAUGGACUGUCCGCCCUGAAGGCAGAGUGUGAGCAGCUGGUAGCUGGGGGGAGUGCUGCGGCCACAGCCGUCCUCGAAGUCAGGCGCUCCUCUAACAGCCUGAGGCAAGCCGUGGUUGAAUUAAUAAAGGCUCACCUGCUCCACGUGAUGGGACAGACCCUGCAGAGCCAGCGUAAAGAUCAGGUGGAAGUGAGCCGCCCGCUGUCUGUUCCACCAGCAAAAGCCAGCUCGCCAGCUACUGCAGCCAGCCGGACGACCCCCUCCACUCACCUGCUCAGUGACCACAGCUGGAGUCGCGACACAGCUGCACCGACCACCAUGUCUACCCACGGCACUCCCACACCUGACAGCGUUUCCAUCGCUCUCCUGAGGACAUUAUCUGGAGAGGAGAAGGGCAGGAGGCUGAUCCAGGCAGCUAUUCAGGGCUCAAUGGAGGAAUUGCAGGCCCUGCUGGCGGCUGGAGUGAACGUGGGGGCGAGAGACAUGAACGAGUGGACCUCCCUGCAUUGGGCAGCUGGCAGGGGAUACGAGGAGAUGGUGAGGCGUCUGCUGGCGGCAGGUGCGGACGUGGGGGCGAGGGACAAGUUCCAGCAGACGCCGCUGCACCUGGCUGCGUGGGGCGGCCGCCCGGCUGUCGUCAGGCUGCUGGCGGCGUCCUCUGCCGACCCCAACGCCAGGGAUGUGGACGGGUGGACGCCGUUGCACUCUGCAGCAUUCAAUGACGAGACGGAAGCAGCGACGGAGCUGCUGGAGGCAGGGGCCGACAGGGGGGCCAUAGACAACAAUGGGAAAACCCCGCUGGACAUCGCCAGAGAGUACAACCAGCAGCAGGUGACAGACGUGCUAUGAUCAACCUGUGGACUAAAAUAAAUAAACCUUUUUACAGUACUUUUCGUUAUUUCAGAAAAAAGCAUACAAAGAAACCUAUCUUUGUACCUAUUCUUACACUGUGAAUAAAACUCCUUUAGUAACACCA